AUGAAGUUCGCAAAAGAGCUGGAGCGCGACCUCGUGCCUGAAUGGCGGCUGAAGUAUCUCGACUACAAGCUCGGGAAGAAGAAACUCAAGGCCAUCGACCGCGCGCUGCGAAACGUGAGCCAGACGCCGCGACUGCGCCGCCGCGGCACCAACCACCUGCCCGGCCCCGCAGAGGUCGCCCCCAAAUACUCGUUUCUCAAUCGCGACCACUUGGGCCGAGAAGCGAACGACCCUGCCGACGUGCCCGACCCCGUCAACAACAGCCAGCCCACGCUCCAUCUCACGCGCACGCCAGAAGAAGCGCCCUUGGCACAGGGCGAGAAUGGACGCAGCGGCUUCGGCACGAGCUAUGGCAGCAUAGUCGGCAGUCUGCCCAACGGGACCGAGGCCGGCUCCGAGCGAGGACGGCCGCCGCCUUCUUUGCAACUGCCCGGUGCUGCAUUGGAUCCUGAGGAUGCAUCGCCCAGCAUGGGCCCUGCCGCAGCCUCUCUUCGCAAGCACAAGGCCGUCAAACUGCCCUCCCCCACCAACGGCAGCGCCUUCGAGGUCGGCAAGACGAGGACCCCCCACAGAAAGCACGCCUCGCUCCCAGCACGCUACAAGAGCAUCUUCAGUCCAAAGCGCAUGAACUCGAUGCCAGGUCCUGGCUCAGGCGUGGAGCCCCACCCCAGGCCCUUCAUCAAGCGCGUCAUGUCCAUGGGCGCCCCAGACCCAGAACCCAGCCCUGGCGACGUCCCGCUCGAGGCCUACCGCGAGCUCGAUUUCCGCCAGGCAGACUUCUUCCAGUUCUUGGACCAGGAGUUGGAGAAAGUCGAGCGCUUCUACAAGGAGAAAGAGGACGAGUCCACCAACCGCCUGAGCGUACUGCGCGACCAGCUGCACAUCAUGAGGGACCGGCGCCUGGACGAGCUGAUCCAGCGCCAAACCGCAAAGCUGAAGCACAAGGCGACCAAGCACCGCAGCAUACCAGGUGUGCAGGCAAAAGGCCACGCAUACAGCUCCAACGAUGAGAGCGCCCAAGAGUACAAGCUAAAAGGACACCAAAUGAGCAAGUCUUGGCUCAAUCCCAUAGAUGCCGCGCUCGAGGCGGUCAGCGCUGGAAAGUACGGCACCAGUACUCAGGCCAUGACGGCGCUCGCCACGCCGUCCGUCCUCAAGCCCAUGCCCGUGCUGAGCAACGACGACCGUCGUGACUUUGUCCGUCGGCCAGACCUUCCAGACGUUCCCUACCAGUCGGCGAAGCGAAAGCUCAAGGUGGCACUCCAGGAAUACUACCGCGCUCUGGAGCUGCUCAAGUCGUACGCCCUCCUGAACCGCACUGCAUUCCGCAAAAUCAACAAAAAGUACGACAAGACCGUGCAUGCGAGGCCGUCCAUGCGCUACAUGAACGACAAGGUCAACAAGGCCUGGUUCGUCAACAGCGAUGUCAUCGAAGGACACAUUCGAUCAGUAGAAGACCUCUAUGCGAGGUACUUUGAGCGAGGCAACCACAAGGUGGCCGUAGGCAAGCUGCGUAUCAAGAUUGCACGGGCGGGUGACUACACAGACAACACGUUCCGGAAUGGGCUGCUGUUGUCUGCUGGUACCAGCCUGAGUAUCCAAGGGCUCAUCAAAGCAGCUGGCAUAGCGGACUCCUACCACCCAGAUGAUCCUACCUUAUCCGUCCACACGAGCUACUUGCUACAGAUCUAUGCUGGCUUCUUCCUCGUCAACCUGCUCGUCCUACUCUUCUCUCUUGCUUGUCGUGUGUGGCACAACUCCAAGAUCAACUUUGUCUUCAUCUUCGAAUACGAUACCCGCCACUUUCUGGACUGGAGGCAGCUCGCCGAGCUGCCGUGUUGGUACUUUCUUUUCCUGGGUCUGGCUAUGCAGCUCAACUUCCAUCGUGUUGGCGGCGAAGCUUUGUACCUGUACUGGCCGGUCAUCUUGAUUGGUGUUUCUACUCUUGUCCUCGUCAAUCCCAUCCGAAUCUUCUACUACCGAAGCCGAAUGUGGUUGCUCUACUCGUUGUGGCGCCUCGUCCUUGCUGGCAUAUAUCCUGUUGAAUGGCGCGACUUCUACCUCGGCGACAUGUUCUGCUCCUUGACCUACAGCAUGAGUAACAUCGCGUUAUUCUCCUGUCUAUACGCUCGUGGCUGGGACGACCCUGCGCAAUGCAACUCUUCGCACUUGCGCACUAUGGGCUUCCUGUCAUGUCUACCGGGCAUCUGGCGUGCCCUGCAGUGUAUCCGGCGAUACUGGGAUACAGGUAACAAGUUCCCCCAUCUCCUCAAUUGCGGCAAGUACUUCGCCACAAUCAUCUUCUACAUGACCUUGAGCAUCUACCGCAUCAACAAGACCGGCCCGAACAAAGCGGUGUUCAUCACUUUCGCUACCAUCAACGCCAUCUACACGAGUUUCUGGGACAUCUACUACGAUUGGAGUCUUGGUGAUCCUCGUGCGAAGCAUCCGUUCCUUCGUAAAGAGCUGGGCUACAAGAAGGUAUGGUGGUACUAUGCGGCCAUGGUGAUCGACCCUAUCCUGCGUUUCAACUGGGUACUCUACACCAUCAUUCCACUCCAGCUGCAGCAUUCGGGCAAGACUGCCUUCUGUGCUGCGCUCGGUGAGAUCUUCCGGCGAGGUAUAUGGUCCGUCUUCCGUGUCGAGAACGAGCACUGCACCAACGUCGGCCGCUUCCGAGCCAGUCGAGACGUCCCCCUGCCCUAUGAGCUUCCUCCCAGCCCCGAGACACAAUCUCUUGCCGCGGAUCAACGAGGCGACAGGAUCGACGAGGAGCAGCCAGCCCGCAAGCGCAGGUCUACAACUGCACCACCAGAUGGCCUCACUCCGCUCAGAUCCACGAGCGGCACAGACCUCGAGCGCUCUCGCUCCUCGGCACGCCAGCGUCGCGGCUUCCCCCAGGCCGAAGACGAGUUCCGCCCCUCCCCGCUCCAACGCGCCUUUACCCAUGUCGGCGACAUCUUCCGCGACGCGCACGCCCAGGACUUUGAGCGCAAGAAGAAGCCCGAGCUCGGCCGCGAUCCGCGCGACGACAAGCUGAACGACGGCGAUUCGACCGACGAAUCCGACGGCGACGAGGGCCCGGGCGACAACUCCGGCGUCGCGAGCGCAGGCGACGAAGGCGACGGCAGCGACAAGAGCGACGACGACGACGACGUUGUUGACGACGUCGAGGAAAGCGCUGUUUCUCGCAUCAGAGAGGAUCUCAGAGUUGGCAUGACAGGCGCCGGUGAGGGCUCGUCUGGACAUUAA